AUGGUCGAUGUACAUGUGCAGGAGAUCGUGCGUAGCGAGCUGAAUGCGGCAGCGCUUGCUCGUCUGAAGGGCGUGAUUCGUCGCAGUGCUUUUGUGGCAAUCGAUACUGAGAUGGGAGGCAUCUCGUGUCAUGACACGCCACGUCCUAGCGUCAUGAAUUCGAUCGACGAGCGCUAUGCUCAAUUUCGUGAAAGUGCUCAACAAUUUCCUCUCGUGCAGUUCGGUAUCAGUGCGUUUCAUUGGGACGUUGAUGCGCGCGUCUUCCGCGUUGAGACAUUCCAGUUCCCACUCUUUCCGGUUUUUUACGACAAAGACUCGGGUCAAAGUAAUACCGCUACAGCUUCUCCUGAUCGAAGGUUUCUGAUCCAAACUAAGUGUCUACAGUACAUCCGCGCACAUGGGUUUGAUCUGAACGCCUGGAUCGACCGAGGAAUUGGCCACCUGUCCCACUACGAACAGCAGCAGGAGCCGUGCAAAUCAGCACUGGAACAGCCAGUCAGGCCUCAAAUAUUGCAAAAAUUUCAUCCAUCCCAUCGAGCAUUCAUCACAGACGAAACACAGGAGUUUUUAGACCACUUAAUGACGAAAGUAAACCAGAAGAUAUCACUAUUUCACGGAAGACAGCGAGAGAAAGGAGAAGAAGGGAGUAUAUUGUUGGAUAGCGGGAUUCGAUGUAGAGCACGGCGUGGAAGUACGAAGAGCAUGAGAAAGAACCAUGGACGCGCUGGACGGCUUGGGAAUGGUCAAGAGGACUCUUGUACGACGAUGUGUACUAGCGAUGAGAUGGUUGAUGUUCAAAACGGUUCGAAAGAGGAAGAAGACGAGGUAAUGGCGGGAGCAGCUCAAGAUGAACAUGUUGAAACGGACAAGGACGUUGUUACUGAAAUGAAGCGAUUCUUGAUGAAGCCAGUUACCGAUGAUUGGACGAACGAAUUAUGCGGCGCUUACGUGACUGACCCCCUCACCCCAUUCCUUCGACACGCGCUGGUGCAGCAUCUUCGUAAAGCCCUUCCCGACAUUGAGGCAAUAGAUUGUCAAGUCGACAAUACUGACAAUGAAAUCGUCAUUCGGAAUCCGUGGAAACGCUGCAUUCGUAUUGUUGUCACACGUAACAAAAGCCAUCGACGUGCACUGUUGCUUGCUGACCAACAACUUGCAGACGAUGAGAGGCGUGAGCGAAACCUUAGACUGAUUGGCUUCACCGCCGUGCUAGACAUUAUUGUGGCUGCUCGGAAACCCAUAGUAGGCCACAACAUGCUUCUUGACCUCAUGCAGUGCUUUUGUAAGUUUCACGAACCGUUACCCAAUCGCUGCGCAGAUUUUCAGCACGAAUUACAUGCUUGGAUUGGUGCAGGUGGUGGCGUUUUCGAUACCAAGACACUCGUUGAUCAAGCAAUGCGAACAACCGAUUCAUUCGCUACACAUCUGACGCACACUUCCCUCGAAAACUGUUUCGCUGUGCUGUCAAAGCACCCAUUUUACGGCCCGGAUGUGCAGAGUGUACAAACCAUACACGGCGACAAGCCACUAGACUCGUCUCAGUCAUCUCUUCAAUCUCACCAGGCCGGAUACGAUGCUUUUAUGACGGGAUAUGUAUUUCUACGUGUGUGUUCUGGUCUUGGCGUGUCGAAUGAAAGUAUUGUAUCUCUAGGGAAGAACUCGAGCGAUUCAGCCAGGUUUACAGAUAACACAUUGGAGUCGUUACGGAAUGUGCUGUAUGUGAGCAACUUUUUGCCAACGUAUGUGCUGAAAUUACCGGGUCCGUACCCGCUGCCAACUCCUACACCCUCGCGCUCUCGGUUUGUACGAAUGAAGCUGACACGAACGCGUACACCCAUAGCCCCGGGUGAUUCGCCAUUACUUUCCACGAAUGCAUCCCCAGUGCUAAGGACGUUUCACAUAAAGCAUUGUGUCGGUUGGGUCCUCAAUUUGCAGUCGGGAACGAGACUUGUCAACGUUUACUGGGAAGGAAAGCAAUGCGUUUAUGUUGAGUUACCAUCUUCCGAAGCUGUAGAGCAGCUACUAGCAGUACGUGCCCAGACCAAAGAGUGCUGGGCCUCCAAGAGCGAUCCAAUGCCGUCGAUUGGAUGCGUUGAUCUGGAACGGUGCUCUGCAACAAAUGAAUGCGUAGAAAUAAAGGCAGGGACAACUGAUCCGGCGCCACCACUUUUUGCACAGCAAUCGACGAGUGACGAUGGAAAGUGUCGAAAAAAACGAAAGAGCUGUGAUAUUGCACAAUGA